AUGUUCAUUAUCGAACCUCCAAAGGAUACUGUUCGAUAUUCCAAAGAUAAAAUUCGAGCCCGCAUAAGCUGCGAUACCAGCAGGAGAGGAACUGUUAUCCCACUGGCCUUUCCCAUCUUCCUAAUAGGUAUGUGCACAAUUUACGCGAUUAAGACCCGCAAUCUACCUCAGAAUUUUAAUGAAGCGAAGUUCAUAGGAUUUACGAUGUACACAACAUGUGUUCUUUGGCUCGCGGUUAUUCCAGUUUACCUCUCGGGCUAUGAGACCGAAAUGGUGUUGACAUUGUGCAUCAGCGUGUCAGCAAGCAUUGCCCUAGUGAUCCUCUUUUUCCCCAAAACCUACAUCAUCCUCUGUCGACCAGAAAAAAAUUCUCGAGCGUCAUAUGCAACCGCGAAGGAUAUUAGAUGUCAUAUUGGCGUGCUCCAGACGAAUGUGCAUCCAAAAGUUCGGAAGAAUAAAUUUUGGAAGAAAAGCAACAAUUGUGACCCUCGUGAAUCCUCGGCUUUUACCGAAGUAGUUGAAAUAGGAGCGGAAAAGAGAGCUGCGCCGAGGUCACCUCCAUUAUCAAGCACCAAGUUAAAUAAUUUAGACCGAAUUACUGAACAUAUGAUGACGGAAGAUAAAAGAAAUUCAAUGUUGAGCAAUAGGAAUAGGGGUGCUGUUUCACCUGGAUCCGCAAACUCCGUUCAAUUUGUUCUGGAGGGUAGUCAGCUGAGGAGGUCUUUCAUUCGUCGAGAAAAACAGAAACAUUCGUCACAACCUGAUAAGCCAACGCACAAAGAAGAGAUGUGCCAGACUGAAUGGACCUUACCACCAGGAAAUGACCUAGAAUUGGCCGAGGCAGAAGAGUUCUCAACGGCAUCGGAAACUGAUAUUCCACUUUCAGAGUUAUCUCUUCUAUAA